CUCCCACCUCCACCCGACUCCCCUGCAAAUCAUCGCGCAUCAUGGAGGGUCUCUUCUACAAUGUGAAAUAUGGCUAUAUCGAAGGCAUCGUGCGUGGUUAUCGCAACGCACUGCUCACCAGCCAGAGCUACAGCAACCUAACGCAAUGCGAGACUAUCGACGAUGUGAAGCUUCAGCUCUCCCCUGCCUAUGGCGACUUCCUCGCAUCCCUGCCCCCCAACCCAUCUACCUCCGCCCUCGCCAACAAGACCACCGAGAAGCUGGUAUCCGAGUUCCGCUACCUCCAGGCCAACUCCACAGGCUCGCUCGCAAAGUUUAUGGAAUACUUGACGUAUGGAUACAUGAUUGACAACGUUGCGCUGCUGAUCACAGGCACACUUCACGAGCGAGAUACGCGGGAGCUGUUGGAACGGUGCCAUCCUCUCGGCUGGUUUGAGACCAUGCCUGUACUGUGUGUAGCGACGAACAUCGAGGAGCUGUACAACUCCGUCUUGAUCGAGACGCCUUUGGCACCUUACUUCAAGGGCUCCCUCAGCCACCAGGAUCUGGACGAACUGAACAUCGAGAUCAUCCGGAACACACUGUACAAGAACUACUUGGAAGACUUCUACAACUGGGUCAAUACAACACCGGAAGUGGCAGGAACUCCCACGGCUGAGGUCAUGACGGAGGUGCUAGAGUUUGAGGCUGAUCGAAGGAGCAUCAACAUCACGCUAAACUCUUUUGGCACCGAACUUUCAAAGGCCGACCGGAAGAAGCUGUAUCCCAACUUCGGCCGUCUGCAUCCCGAAGGAACGCUGAUGCUCUCGAGGGCAGACGACGUGGAGGGUGUGCGCAUCGCCGUAGAGAGCGUCGCCGACUACAAGACAUUCUUCGACCAGACAGGCCUCAGCGGUCAGAGCGGAGGCGGUGGUCUUGGAAACAUGGCCGGUGGUGUAGGUGGAGAGUCUCGGAGCCUCGAAGAUCUUUUCUACCAGAAGGAGAUGGAGAUUUCAAAACUGGCCUUCACUCGACAGUUUACGCAUGCUGUGGUGUAUGCUUGGGUGAAGUUGCGGGAGCAGGAAAUCCGCAACAUUACCUGGAUAGCCGAGUGCAUAGCGCAGAACCAGAAAGAGCGAAUUGGGAACUAUAUUAGCGUUUUUUAAAGAAAGGAGAUGUGUACUUCUAAGCGUGUUGGUUCGGCCACAAUUCGUCUCCAUAUUGGCGUAGAGGGUCCGGUUUGUAUAUCUAUUAAUUAAAUGUUUCCCUACAUAUCUUUGACAUCUUUUCGUUUUCCAGCCUCCAUCAAACAUCCCCUAGACUACAAUUCAUAGAGAAGCUCCACAGUCUUUAU